AUGGGUGUUUCUUGGGUGUUUGAACAUGACAAAACAGCCAAGGAAGUCGAACGCUUAUUAGAAGGUGGCGGUGCUGAACAAAUCGGCACGUUUACUGUUGAUUGUUUGCCCUAUAUUCCAAAUGAUAAGCUUCAAAGUUGUAUCCAACAUAACUACGUGCUUCAUCACAGCAAUUUUCCACAGAGUUCUUUUUCUAUCGCUCCCACGGACAAUAUUCGAACAAGUCCACGAGCAAUUUGUGAUCUAGGAUUUGAUCUCAUACUCACGAAGUUGUCGUCCGGAUUGACUCCCGAUACCGCUGGAAAAUUCGAGCUUACUGGCGUGGAGUACCGACUAAGAGAUUUUGUCGUUCGUGUCGGCACUGCAUCGCAAGUUACUACUACCAAAGGAGUCAUAGUUGAGGUGGAAUAUGAACCUUCGCAGGUAGCUGUUCAAAGCGCGCAUAUGAUGAACGAAAUGAUGCAGAUGUUCUUUCCGCAAUACGCUGGGAGCAAGCCUGACGUUAUCAACAAGUCAUCACCGGAACCUUACUCCGCUCUAGACACUAUGUAUCAAUAUUUAACUAUUUUUCGACGUAUGAGGAAGAAAACCUGA